AUGAGCCUCGGCAUCGAGGAGCGUCCUGCCCUAUGGCCGUCCCUGCACAUCAGCCCUGCAGGUUCCAUGAAAGAAGCAGACGAUAGUUGCUCCCAUCCUUUAAUGAAAACUAGGAAUGAGGAUUGGCCAAAAAUCGUCAUUCAGAGUGCGGUAGCAGAAUCGAUGCCCAGACUCCGCCAAGAUGCCUCCUGGUGGAUAAAUAACUCUAAAGGGCAAGUACAGAUCGUGGUCUUGAUUAGUGUGCGCAAAGAUAGUAGGAGUAUAGUAUUCGAAAAGUAUUUCCCAAAGUUCAGUGUUCCUUCCGACCCCGGAGCGCAACCUGGGACAGCCUAUAUUCCAGACCUGAUUUCAACUACUGAAGUGUGCUAUGGAGAUGACCCUCCAACUGUUCGAGGCCCUCCAGUCAGGUUGGAGUUCCAACGCUUAGUGGGUAGAAAACCACUGUUGUCUGAGAAAGACGUCAUUCUGUGGCCGGAGCUGCUCUUGGAAAUCGCUGAAGACAUCUUUGAAUAUGACGGAUUUCCCCCGCUCAGACUGGCACGGUACAAAGCUCCUCAUAUGUUAAGCCCUCACCUGGGUCGUGACGCCGUCCUUAGCGACUACUGCGAUGUCUACCUCACGCACGACUCGAUGAGCGUGCGCAAGGCGCACAAUGCUGGACGUAACCACCUCAGAAACGUGCUGGAAUACUACCAACAAAUCGGACAAGAAAAGGCCCAAUCGGUCAUCGAUUCCAUCACCUCGUCCUACGCCGCCGAAGGCCAGGCUGUCCCGAAUCCCGCAAUGGCUCCCCCGGGUGCUUACCCUCCUCCAUUUGGCUUCCCUGGCCGACCAGGUCAACUCCCUCCACCUCCCUUUGGAAUGCCUCCUCUGGGCGCACCCGGCGCACCGGGCAUGCCUCCUCCCCCCGGAGCAAGAGGUCUCCCCUUUCCGCCUCCCUUCCCCGGUCCAGCAGGCGCCGCCCCUCCUGCCGGUCUCCCCCUUCUCCCCAACAUGCCCCCCGGUGCCCAGGGCUUCCCUCCUCCGCCUGGCGGAUUCCCUCCGAACUUCCCGACUCCUCCCCCUGGUGCUGCUGCUGCCGGGUUCCCCCCCAUCCCUCCCCCAGGUCAAGCUCCAGCAGGAUACAGCCCCAGUCCUACGCCCGGUAUAGCUGGACCGCCGGGACAGGAUGGUGGUUACGCACCACCGCCCGGUAUGGGCGCCGGUUUGCCUGGUCCGCCUCCGGGAUUGGGUGACAAGCGGUGA